AUGGACUUCGGUGAUGCUCAACAUCUCUCAGAGCUGAGGAUUGUGUUAAUGGGGUAUAGAGCUGCUGGUAAGAGUUCAACAGGAAACGCCAUCCUGGGCAGAGAGGAGUUUGACUUGAAGACAUCUGUUCAGUGUGUGAGGAGACAUGGAGAAGUUGCAGACAGACACAUCACUGUCAUUGAAGCUCCAGGAUGGUGGAGGAGUUACACUGUAGAGGAGAGCUCUGAGUUACUGAAACAGGAGAUUUUGCUCAGUGUGUCUCUGUGUCCUCCAGGACCACACGCUGUACUACUGAUCAUACGUGCAGACUACAUAUUAAAAGAGACUGUGAGAAAAGCAGUGCAGGGGCAUCUGGAUCUUCUCGGUGAGAGAGUCUGGAGUCACACUAUAGUGCUGUUCACUCAUGGAGACUCUCUGUUAGACACAUCUAUAGAGCAGCACAUUGAGAGUGAAGGGCAGGAUCUACAGUGGCUGCUGGACAAAUGUGGGAACAGGUAUCAUGUUCUCAGUAAUCAGAACAGGAGUGACGACACUCAGAUCAAGGAGCUGCUGGAGAAGAUUGAGGAGACAGUGGCACAAAACAACGGCUGCCAUUUUGAAAUAGACAGAAAAAUCUUAGAGAUGAAAGAAAGAAGAAGAGCAGCAGAAGAGAGAGCAAAAGAACGAAUGAAGAGGAUGAAAAAACUAAAAGAUGACAUCAGAUCACAGAUGAGUGUUGCCCAACAUCUCUCAGAGCUGAGGAUUGUGUUAAUGGGGUAUAGAGAAGCUGGUAAGAGUUCAACAGGAAACACCAUCCUGGGCAGAGAGGAGUUUGACUUGAAGACAUCUGUUCAGUGUGUGAGGAGACAUGGAGAAUUAGCAGACAGACACAUCACUGUCAUUGAAGCUCCAGGAUGGUGGAUGAAUUACACUGUAGAGUACUGUCCUGAGUUACUGAAACAGGAGAUUCUGCUCAGUGUGUCUCUGUGUCCUCCAGGACCACACGUUGUACUACUGAUCAUACGUGUGGACUACAUAUUAAAAGAGACUGUGAGAAAAGCAGUGCAGGGGCAUCUGGAUCUUCUCGGUGAGAGAGUCUGGAGUCACACUAUAGUGCUGUUCACUCAUGGAGACUCUCUGUUAGACACAUCUAUAGAGCAGCACAUUGAGAGUGAAGGGCAGGAUCUCCAGUGGCUGCUGGACAAAUGUGGGAACAGGUAUCAUGUUCUCAAUAAUCAGAACAGGAGUGACCACACUCAGAUCAAGGAGCUGCUGGAGAAGAUUGAGGAGACAGUGGCACAAAACAACGGCUGCCAUUUGGAAAUAGACAGAAAGAUUUUACAAGAGAUGAAAGAGAGAAGAAGAGCAGAGGAAGAGAGAGCAAAAGAACGAAUGAAGAGGAUGGAAAAACAAAAAGAUGACAUCAGAUCACAGAUGAGGGAUGCCCAAAAUCUCUCAGAGCUGAGGAUUGUGUUAAUGGGGUAUAAACGUGGUGGUAAGAGUUCAACAGGAAACACCAUCCUGGGCCGAGAGGAGUUUGAUUUGAAGAGAUCUGCUCAGUGUGUGAGGAGACAUGGAGAAGUAGCAGACAGACACAUCACUGUCAUUGAAGCUCCAGGAUGGUGGAGGAGUUACACUGUAGAGAACAGUCCUGAGUUACUGAAACAGGAGAUUUUGCUCAGUGUGUCUCUGUGUCCUCCAGGACCACACGCUGUACUACUGAUCAUAUGUAUGGACACUAGAUUUAAAGAGACUGAGAGAAAAGCAGUGCAGGGGCAUCUGGAUCUUCUCGGUGAGAGAGUCUGGAGUCACACUAUAGUGCUGUUCACCUUUGGAGACUAUCUGUUAGACACAUCUAUAGAGCAGCACAUUGAGAGUGAAGGGCAGGAUCUCCAGUGGCUGCUGGACAAAUGUGGGAACAGGUAUCAUGUUCUCAACAAUCAGAACAGGAGUGACCACACUCAGAUCAAGGAGCUGCUGGAGAAGAUUGAGGAGACAGUGGCACAAAACAACGGCUGCCAUUUGGAAAUAGACAGAAAAAUCUUAGAGAUUAAAGAGAGAAGAAGAGCAGCAGAAGAGAGAGCAAAAGAACGAAUGAAGAGGAUGAAAAAACAAAAAGAUGACAUCAGAUCACAGAUGAGUGAGUCUAAAAUUUACUUUUUAUGGAACUAG